AUGGCCUCCCCAGCCUCCACAGCCUCCACGAUCGCCCACUUCCGCAACCACCAAUGGGCCAAUUCCCUCAUCGCCUCAGAAGACUACACCCCGAUCCCAACAAACUCGCGCCGUCCCAAACCCAGCGGCGAAGAUGGCUUCUUCGGCGCAACUAUAGCCACCCCAUCAACCAUCCCACACGUCCUCACCCUCCAACGCCGCACACUAGACACCCCCCUCUCCCAACCACCCACCUGGCUCCCUGCCACAAAGCAAGAUGCCGCCGCACCGGCAACCCCCACGCCCGGCGCCAAUCCCGCGGAUAUCAUCAUGAUCUAUGACCUCGGCGGGUCGGGCAUCGCGGGCCACCCGUCGACCGUGCAUGGGGGCGUCGUCGCAACGCUGAUCGACGAGGCGAUGUCGCUGGCUGUGGCAGCGCAUGCCUCGGUGCGGACGCCUGCGUCUGCGUCUGCGUCUGCGGGCCCGGACGAUAAGAAUCCUCGCGGGAAGACGUUUACCGUGCAGUUGGAUGUGAGGUAUAAGAAGCCGGUGACGACGCCGCAACUUUUGGUUGUGAGGGCGAGGGUUGUUGCGCGUGUUGGGAGGAAGUUUUGGGUUAGGGCGCAGGCUGUGCAGGAGGAUGAGGCUGGUGCUGGGGGGCAUUUGGAGUGGGCGAAGAGGAAGGUGGUUAAGAUUGAUGCGAUGGCUUUUUGGAUUGUUACGCCUGAGGGACAGCAGAAGCUGUAA